AUGCCAACACGUCAAAUGCAAGUCGGCAUCGUCGGGGCCGGCAUCGCAGGCUUGUCCGCUGCCAUCGCCCUCUCCCACGCCGGCCACUCUGUCUCGCUGUACGAGAAAUCCCGAUUCCGCAACGAAACGGGCGCGGCCAUCAUCAUUGGGCCCAACGGCACCAGGAUCCUGUCGAAAUGGGGCUUCGAUUUCGUGAGGGCCGGCAGCCUAGAUUACAGCCAGAUGCGCCGCGUCAGGGCCGACACGGUCGAGGUUGACUCGGAGGAGUUCUUCACCGACAUCAAGGAGCAGUACGGCGACAGGUGGCUGCUCUUCCACCGUGCUGAUCUCCACGCAGGCUUGAAGGCAUUGGUGGAAGCGUGCCAGCCCCAGCCACCCCAGAUCAACCUGGGCGUGCAGGUCGUCGAUGUCGACGUCGAGACCGGUCUCCUCAAGCUGGCCACGGGCGAACAAGUCCAGAAGGACCUGGUAGUCAUCGCCGACGGCGCCCACAGCGAACUCAUCGCCAGUGUCAUUGGCCGUCCUUACCCCGUGAGCAAGUCGCCCAUGUCCAUGUACCGCUUCCUGCAACCCUUUGACAAGGUCCUGGCGCACCCCGAAGCCGGCAAAUUCUACCAGAACCAACCGCCCGGUUUCACCACAUUCUACAAGACAGAGGUGGGCCGGCCGGGUCUGCUGCUCAACACCUACCCCUGCCGUGGUGGCGAGCUGCUGUACGUGGCGCUGGUGCACCCGACCAAACCCAAGGAGAAGGGCAUUGAGGGCUGGGACUCGCCCGCCGACCUGGCCGACGUGCUGGCCGACGCCAAGGGGUUCCAUCCUGCCGUACAGGCCGUGUGCGAGGGCGCCACCGACAUCAAAGUCUACACGCAAAUGUGGCGCGACCCGAUCGAGAGAUUCUCGCGCGGUAAGGCCGUCCUGAUCGGCGACGCCGGCCAUUUGAUGCUCCCCACCCACGGCCAGGGCGCGUCCAUGGCCCUCGAAGACGCCCGGGCGCUGCAGGUCCUCUUCCAACAUGUCGACGACGCGCCGGACGCCGUGCAAUCCAAGCUCCAGCUGUUCGACAAGCUGCGGCUGCCCCGCGUCAGCGCCGUCCAGACCAUGUCCAACAAGAUGAUGGGCCCGCUGGACAAGAUGGUCGCAGAGGUCCAGAGGUACUAUACGGGUCCCAUCCCCGGUCCCAAGGCAAAGACUUUUUCAAAGGAGUACAACGACUUUUUCUUCCUGUAUGACGUCGAGAACGAAGCGAGCAAAAUUGGUCAAUGA